UCAACCAAAUCCUCAACACGCAGGCGUGGUGAACAUAACCGCAGAUAGGGGGCGUCAACAUGGCGCCCUGAGAACGACAACACUAGCUCAAGACUGCACCGCACACUGGUUGACAUCAGGAGAGGAGAGGAGAUAGCAAGAGGGUACCAUUCCCUUAAGCACAGAUAAAUAUUCCUGCUUGUUUGUCGUAUGCAUCAUUUUAUAUCAGCAGGAAAAUAGGAAGGACUUGAAGUUAAACACGGAUUUACCCUAUUUUACCCUAUUUAAAACUUUACAUUUCCGUCGGUUUGAUGCUUUUGUACGGACGCUGGUGAUACAAAGCAGGUGAGACCGAGGCGGCCGCUCCUUGAGGUUUCGGGUGGAAAUGUCGAGCGACAAGCCGGUUUCAGCACCUGGUUCCGGCUUGUUCUCGGACCGAGAAGCUCCCCCGGGCCCUAGGCAGCAAGUCGUUACAGGUUCUGCUUCAGGGGAGAUGAUGGUGUCUGGAUCCGGCUCCAUGGUUCUCCCUGCCGGGGUGAUCAACCCCUCAGUACCGAUCCGGAAUAUCAAGAUGAAAUUCGCCGUCGUUAUUGGUCUUAUACAGGUCGGAGAGGUUAGCAACAGAGACAUCGUCGAAACAGUUCUAAAUCUGCUGGUGGGUGGCGAGUUUGACCUGGAGAUGAACUUCAUCAUCCAGGACGCGGAGAGCAUCGGCUGCAUGGUGGAGCUGCUGGAACACUGCGACGUGACGUGCCAGGCCGAGAUCUGGAGCAUGUUCACCGCCAUCCUGCGCAAGAGCGUGCGCAACCUGCAGACCAGUACCGAGGUGGGCCUCAUCCAGCAGGUGCUGCUCAAGAUGAGUUCCGUCGACGACAUGAUCGCAGACUUGUUAGUGGACAUGCUAGGUGUUCUGGCCAGCUACAGCAUCACAGUAAAGGAGCUGAAGUUUCUCUUCAGUAUGUUAAGAGGAGACAAUGGAAUGUGGCCCAGGCACGCCAUCAAGCUGCUGUCAGUGCUGAAUCAGAUGCCCCAGAGGCAUGGCCCAGAUACUUUCUUCAACUUCCCUGGACGCAGCGCAGCGGCCAUUGCCUUGCCUCCCAUUGCUAAGUGGCCUUACCAGAAUGGCUUCACUCUCAACACCUGGUUCCGUAUGGACCCGCUCAACAAUAUCAAUGUAGACAAGGACAAGCCGUACCUCUACUGUUUCCGGACCAGCAAAGGGAUCGGCUACUCGGCACAUUUUGUGGGCAACUGCUUGAUAGUGACAUCACUGAAGUCCAAGGGCAAAGGCUUCCAGCACUGUGUCAAGUACGACUUCCAACCCAGGAAGUGGUACAUGAUCAGCAUUGUCCACAUCUACAACCGCUGGAGGAACAGUGAGAUCCGCUGCUACGUCAACGGCCAGCUCGUUUCCUACGGCGACAUGGCCUGGCAUGUCAACACUAACGAUAGCUAUGACAAAUGCUUCCUGGGAUCGUCAGAGACAGCCGAUGCUAACCGGGUCUUCUGCGGCCAACUGGGGGCCGUCUACGUGUUCAGUGAGGCACUCAACCCGGCACAGAUCUUCGCCAUCCACCAGCUGGGACCUGGCUAUAAGAGCACAUUCAAGUUUAAAUCGGAGAGUGACAUCCACCUGGCGGAGCACCAUAAGCAGGUGUUGUACGACGGGAAGCUGGCCAGCAGCAUCUCCUUCACCUACAACGCCAAGGCCACAGACGCCCAGUUGUGCCUGGAGUCCUCGCCCCGGGAGAACUCCUCCAUAUUCGUGCACUCGCCUCAUGCCCUCAUGCUGCAGGACGUGAAAGCCAUUGUCACCCACUCCAUCCACAGUGCCAUCCACUCCAUCGGAGGAAUCCAGGUUCUCUUCCCUCUGUUCUCUCAGCUGGACUACAGGCAGCCCAAUGACAACCCAGUGGAGACAACUGUUUGUGCCACCCUCCUGACCUUCUUGGUGGAGCUGCUGAAGAGCUCGGUGGCCAUGCAGGAGCAGAUGCUGGGAGGGAAAGGCUUCCUGGUGAUUGGCUACCUACUGGAGAAGUCUUUGCGGGUGCACAUCACGAGGGCUGUCCUGGAGCAGUUCCUGUCCUUUGCCAAAUACCUGGACGGCCUAGCCCACGGAGCGCCGCUGCUGAAGCAGCUGUGCGACCACGUUCUGUUCAACGCCGCCAUCUGGAUCCACACGCCCGCCAAGGUGCAGUUGUCACUCUACACGUACCUGUCGGCGGAGUUCAUCGGCACGGCCACCAUCUACACCACCAUUCGGCGGGUGGGCACCGUGCUGCAGCUCAUGCACACACUCAAGUACUACUACUGGGCCAGCAACCCACAGGAGAGCAGCGGCAUCAACCCCAAAGGCCUGGAUGGACCCCGGCCCACUCAGAAAGAGGUGAUCUCUCUCCGCGCUUUCAUGCUUCUCUUCCUGAAGCAGCUCAUCCUGAAGGACCGAGGCGUGAAGGAGGAUGAAUUACAGAGCAUUUUAAAUUACUUGUUGACAAUGCAUGAGGAUGAGAACAUCCAUGACGUCUUGCAGCUCCUUGUGGCCCUGAUGUCGGAGCAUCCUGCCUCCAUGAUCCCCGCCUUCGACCAGAGAAACGGAAUACGGGUUGUCUACAAACUGCUGGCAUCCAAGAGUGAGAGUAUUCGAGUGCAAGCACUUAAAGUGCUCGGCUACUUCCUCAAGCACCUUGGCCACAAGAGGAAGGUGGAGAUCAUGCACACGCACAGCCUCUUCACUCUGCUGGGCGAGAGGCUGAUGAUGCACACCAACACCGUCACUGUCACCACCUACAACACCCUUUACGAGGUCAGUCCCCAGCGACACGCCAACACAGUCACCACCUACAACGCCCUUUACGAGAUUCUUACAGAGCAGGUCUGCACUCAGGUGGUCCACAAGCCACACCCGGAGCCUGAUUCAAGCGUCAAGAUACAAAACCCCAUGAUUCUGAAGGUGGUGGCCACACUGCUGAAGAACUCCUCCCCUAGUUCAGACCUGAUGGAAGUUCGGCGCCUCUUCCUGUCCGACAUGAUCAAGCUGUUCAGCAACAGCAGAGAGAACAGGCGGUGUCUGCUGCAGUGUUCCGUGUGGCAGGACUGGAUGUUCUCGCUGGGCUACAUCAACCCCAAGAACCCAGAGGAGCAGAAGGUCGCGGAGAUGGUCUACAACAUCUUCCGCAUCCUGCUCUACCACGCCAUCAAGUACGAGUGGGGCGGCUGGCGCGUGUGGGUGGACACCCUCUCCAUCGCUCACUCCAAGGUGACCUAUGAGGCCCAUAAGGAGUACCUGGCUAAGAUGUAUGAGGAGUACCAGCGUCAGGAGGAGGAGAACAUCAAAAAGGGCAAGAAGGGCUCGGUGAGCACCAUCUCGGGCCUGUCGGCGCAGCCCGCCGCCACCGUCGUCAACGGCACCAUGGAGAUCCGCGAGCUGGACGACACGUCGCAGACGCAGACGCCUGAGAGCGAAGCCGACUACAGCGAGAGCGCCGAGUCCCGCAACCUGCUGGCCGAGGGCAAGGGGCCCGAGGUCCCCGCGGGAGGGGAGGCGGCAGCAGUGGUUGGGGUGGGGGUGGUGGUGGCCGGAGCGGGCCCACCUGGGGUGCGGGUGGAGGUGCACGACCUGCUGGUGGACAUCAAGGCAGAGAAGGUGGAGGCCACGGAGGUGAAGCUGGACGACCUGGACCUCUCCCCGGAGGUGCUGGGGGUCAGCGGGGGCAUGGGUGGUGGCAGUGUGGUGGGGGUCAGUGGCUUGGAGAACGGGCCCCUGGUGGAGGUGGACUCCCUGCUGGACUCCACCUACUGCGCCAGCAUCCACAAGCUGAACGGCAGCCUGGCGCCCAAGGAGCACGAGCUCCACGCGGGCAGCAACAGCAGCAGCAGCAACAACAUCGACGACGACGGCGCCAACCUGGGGCCACUCAUCACGCUGGCCGACGAGAAGGACAUGCCCAGCGUGCCCAGCAACAACGGCUUCCUCUUCCCCAAGGGCGACGAGAAGUUGCUUCCCUCGCUGGCGUCGCCCGGUCCCACUGCCGAGCCCCUGGUGAUGCCCGUGGGCACCGAGCAGCCGCCCACUGUUCUCCAGGCCUCCAGCGCCAGCGACGACCUCAGCCUGCUGGCACACAUGACCACCUGCGGCUCGGACCUGGGCCAGGCAACGACGCCCGGGGGAGUGGUAGCGGCAGGGGGGCUGCCCGAAGACGGACAGUUCAAGCUCCAGAGCGCCCUGGUGGACAUCAGCACCCUAGCGGAGGCAGAGGCCCAGGCCUCAGCGCGGGCCCUGGAGUGCGGCGAGGGGGCGGAGGGCAGCCCGGCAGGUCUGGAGGGGGACGCUGUUGCAGCAAAGGCGGCUGGAGAUGCCACCAGCACCACCUCGGACACGGAGAGGUCCGACGACGGCAAGGACAAAGAGAUGAAGAAGAUCCAGACCACUGCCACCACACAGGCCAUGCACGGGCGUUCUGCCAGCCAGAUCGAGAGGGACCUGCGGGUGGACUUGGGUUUCCGAGGGAUGCCCAUGACGGAGGAGCAGCGGCGCCAGUUCAGCCCCGGCCCACGCACCACCAUGUUCCGCAUCCCAGAGUUCAAGUGGUCGCCCAUGCACCAGAGGCUGCUCACCGACCUGCUCUUUGCCCUGGAGACGGACGUGCACGCCUGGAGGAGCCAUUCGACUAAAUCGGUCAUGGACUUCGUCAACAGCAACGAGAACAUCAUUUUUGUGCACAACACUAUCCACCUAAUCUCUCAGAUGGUGGAUAACAUCAUCAUCGCCUGCGGGGGCAUCCUGCCUCUGCUCUCCGCGGCCACGUCACCUUCUAGUUCAAAGGUUAGUGCGAACACUAAGGAGUCAGGCCCCUCAAAAGAGGCUAUGGCUGGCGAGGUUACCCCAGUGCCAGCGGGCACAGGUCCAAGGGCAGAGACGGAGCUGGAGAACGUGGAGGCCACGCAGGGCAUGUCGUCAGAGACGGCCGUCACCUUCCUCACCCGUCUGAUGGCCAUGGUGGAUGUGCUGGUGUUCGCCAGCUCUCUCAACUUCAGCGAGAUUGAGGCCGAGAAGAAUAUGUCCUCAGGCGGCCUGAUGAGACAGUGCCUCAGGCUGGUGUGUUGUGUAGCCGUGAGAAACUGCCUCGACUGCAGACAGAGACAGAGGGAUCGAGGCAGCAUGUCCUCACUGCCCAUCAGCAAGACCCAGGAGAACCUGCAGAGCGCAGCCUCAGCCAGCAAGGAUCCCGACCGCCUGCUGCAGGAUGUGGACAUCAACCGCUUGCGAGCCGUCGUCUUCCGAGACGUGGAUGACAGUAAACAAGCACAGUUCCUGGCCUUGGCUGUCGUCUACUUCAUCUCGGUGCUGAUGGUAUCCAAGUACCGGGACAUCCUGGAGCCUCAGCGGGAGAUCGGCAGGUCCAGCAGUUUAUCAGGGAGGAGCAUCCGCCAAGAGAUCAAUUCGCCCACCAGCACAGACGUUAGUCUGAGGGACCGCCACACCCCUCUGGACGAGCUCCCCAUGGAGGCCUCUCUCCCCCACACUGACUCCGGCAUCGGGGAUGACCAUGUCUCCGGAGCCCUCAAUGGCACAGACCUGGGCGGAGAGGCCGGCGGCGGCGGCAUGGGUGGUGGCAUGGGCGGCGGCGGCAUCACAGGCGGCGGCCCGGACGCCAUGAGCGAGCUGCUGGGCACACUCUCCUCGGAGGUGCACAAGUCCCGCGAGAGCCUGAUGGAGUCGCCGCCCUCCUCCAUGGGCGUGGAGGUGAUCAAGACAGCCUCGUCCAUCUCCAGCAUCAGCCAGUCCAGCAAGGGCAUCAACGUCAGGGAGAUCCUCAAGAGCCUGGUGGCGGCGCCCGUGGAGGGGGCAGAGGCCGGACCUGAGCCCCAGGCCUACCACCCCGACCCGGCCCUGAAGAGGGAGGUCGCCAUGCUCCCCAUGCAGUUCCACUCCUUCGACAGGAGUGUGAUGGUGCCGGUGAAGAAGCCUCCUCCCGGUAGCCUGGCAGUGAACACGGUGGGCACGCCCACCACCAGCGGUGCCACCACUCCUGGCAGUACGCCCAACAUCUUCGCCGCUGCCACAGCUACGCCUAAAAGCAUGAUCAACACGACAGGUGCCACAGACUCUGCCUCUUCCUCCUCCUCUUCCUCCAGCUUUGUGAACGGGGCCACCAGUAAAAACCUCCCGGCCGUCCAGACCGUGGCCCCCAUGCCUGAGGAUACGGUGGAGAACAUGAGUGCCUUUUGUGAAGUGGAACAGUGUCCACUCCGAACCGGGCUGACCCAACCAGAACUCAAAUCCCUUAGCUCCCUGGCAGGAUUCCAGGCAGCCCCCAGAGAUGCAGGACAGUUCCUUAGCAUCACCACCAAGCUGGAGCGGGCGCUGGAGAAGGUGGCGCCGCUGCUGCGCGAGAUCUUCGUGGACUUUGCGCCUUUCCUCUCCCGCACCCUCCUGGGCAGCCAUGGGCAGGAGCUGCUCAUAGAAGGUACAGGUCUGGUCUGUAUGAAGUCCAGUACAUCAGUGGUGGAGCUCGUCAUGCUGCUCUGCUCACAGGAGUGGCAGAACUCCAUCCAGAAGAACGCUGGCCUGGCUUUCAUUGAGCUCAUCAACGAAGGAAGGCUGCUGUGUCAUGCCAUGAAGGACCACAUUGUACGUGUGGCCAACGAGGCAGAGUUCAUCCUGAACCGGCAGAGAGCUGAGGAUGUCCACAAGCACGCCGAGUUUGAGUCCAACUGUGCCGGGUAUGCCUCAGACCGGAGGGAGGAGGAGAAGAUGUGUGAUCACCUGAUCAGCGCGGCUAAGCACAGAGACCACGUGACUGCCAACCAGCUCAAGCAGAAGAUCCUCAACAUCCUCACCAACAAGCACGGGGCCUGGGGCACUAUGUCUCAGAGCCAACUGGUUGAUUUCUGGCGUCUGGACUACUGGGAGGAUGACCUGCGUAGGAGGCGGAGAUUUGUGCGCAAUGCCUUUGGCUCCACCCACCCUGAUGUCCCCCUCAAAACAUUGGCAGAAUAUGGUACGGAUGAGGAAGAGGACGUGAAAGCCAAGAAGGCUUUCCGCAGCCAGUCAGUGGUGGCGCAGAACCCAGAGUGUGAGCUCAUGCUGGAGGGAGACGACGAUGCUGUGAGCCUGCUUCAGGAGAAAGAGAUCGACAACCUCGCAGGCCCUGUGGUGCUGAGCACACCUGCCCAGCUGGUGGCCCCGGUGGUCGUGGCUCGGGGGACCCUCUCCAUCACCACCACUGAGAUCUACUUUGAGGUGGAUGAGGAUGACCCCGCAUUUAAAAAUGUCGAUGCCAAAGUCCUGGGCUACUCCGAGGGCUUACACGGGAAGUGGAUGUUCAGUGAGAUCCGGGCCGUAUUCUCCAGGCGUUACUUGCUUCAGAACACCGGCUUGGAGGUCUUCAUGGCCAACAGAACUUCCGUCAUGUUCAACUUCCCCGAUCAAGCCACAGUGAAGAAGGUGGUGUACAGUUUACCACGCGUGGGCGUUGGCACCAGCUAUGGCCUGCCUCAGGCUAGGCGGAUCUCCUUGGCUACUCCAAGGCAGCUCUUCAAGUCUUCCAACAUGACGCAGCGAUGGCAGAGGAGGGAAAUCUCCAACUUUGAGUACCUCAUGUUCCUCAACACCAUCGCAGGAAGGACGUACAAUGACUUGAACCAGUACCCCGUGUUCCCCUGGGUGCUCACAAACUAUGAGUCGGAGGAACUGGAUCUCACCCUCCCGGCGAACUUCAGAGAUCUCUCAAAGCCAAUCGGAGCGCUGAAUCCAAAGCGUGCGGCGUUCUAUGUGGAGCGCUUUGAGAGCUGGGACGAGGAUGGAACACCCCCUCACCACUACGACAUGCUGUACUCCACCUCCGCCGGCACCCUCUCCUGGCUUGUCAGGAUAGAGCCCUUCACCACCUUUUUCCUCAGUGGCAAUGACAAGAAGUUCGACCACGCUGACCGCACCUUCUCUGGCAUUGCACGCUCUUGGAGGAACUGUCAGAGAGAUACCUCUGAUGUUAAGGAGCUGAUACCUGAGUUCUACUACCUCCCGGAGAUGUUUAUGAACAGUAAUGGCUACUGCAUGGGUGUGAGGGACGACAGGGCAUUGGUGUGUGAUGUGGACCUGCCUGCCUGGGCCAAGAAACCUGAGGACUUUGUCAGAAUCAACAGGAUGGCUCUGGAGAGUGAGUUUGUGUCCUGUCAGCUGCACCAGUGGAUCGACCUCAUCUUCGGUUACAAACAGCGGGGCCCAGAGGCGGUGCGGGCACUCAACGUGUUCCACUACCUGUCCUACGAGGGCUCCAUCACCAUGGACACCAUCACCGACCCACAGCUCAGAGAGACCAUGGAAGUUCAGAUCCAGACCUUUGGACAGGUCCCAUCUCAGCUGCUCAUUGAGCCCCACCCGCCUCGCAGUUCUGCCAUGCAUCUGUGUUUCCUUCCCCAGAGUCCACUGAUGUUUAAGGACCAGAUGCAGCAGGACGUCAUCAUGGUGCUCAAGUUCCCGUCCAACUCGCCGGUGACACACGUGGCCGCCAACACGCUGCCACACCUCAGCAUCCCCGCCGCCGUCACAGUCACCUGCAGCCGCCUGUUCGCCGUCAACCGCUGGCACAACACAGUCGGUCUAAGAGGAGCUCCAGGAUACUCUUUAGAACAGGCUCAUCACCUUCCCAUUGAGAUGGACCCACUGAUAGCCAACAACUCUGGAAUAAACAAGAGGCAGAUCACAGACCUCGUGGAUCAGAGUAUCCAGAUCAACACACACUGCUUCGUGGUGACGGCGGAUAACCGCUACAUCCUGGUGUGUGGCUUCUGGGACAAGAGCUUCCGAGUUUACUCCACAGAAACUGGCAAGCUCACCCAGAUAGUGUUUGGCCACUGGGACGUGGUGACGUGUCUGGCCCGGUCCGAGUCCUACAUCGGAGGGGACUGUUACAUCGUGUCGGGCUCCAGGGAUGCCACUCUGCUGCUGUGGUACUGGAGCGGAAGGCACCAUAUCAUCGGUGACAACCCAAACAACAGUGACUACCCGGCCCCCCGCGCUGUCCUCACGGGCCACGACCAUGAGGUGGUGUGUGUGUCUGUCUGUGCUGAGCUGGGCCUCGUCAUCAGUGGAGCUAAAGAGGGUCCAUGUCUGGUGCACACCAUCACCGGGGACCUGCUGAGGGCCCUGGAGGGCCCAGAGAACUGCCUGAGGCCGCGUCUGAUUUCUGUGUCCAGCGAGGGCCACUGUAUCAUCUAUUACGAGAGGGGUCAGUUCUGCAACUUCAGCAUCAAUGGCAAACUGCUGGCCCAGAUGGACGUCAACGACUCCACACGGGCCAUUCUCCUGAGCAGUGAUGGACAGAACCUGGUGACAGGGGGGGAUAACGGCGUUGUGGAGGUGUGGCAGGCCUGUGAUUUUAAACAGCUCUACAUCUAUCCUGGCUGUGAUGCCGGUAUUAGAGCUAUGGACCUGUCCCAUGACCAGAGGACUCUGAUCACUGGCAUGGCGUCGGGGAGUAUCGUAGCGUUCAACAUUGAUUUCAACCGGUGGCACUACGAGCACCAGAACAGGUACUGACGUCAGCGAGGAGGAGGAGGAGGAGGAGGAGGAGGAGGAGGGGCAGUGGGCAGGAGGAGCAGACCGGAGGAGGUGAGAGAAUGGCACGCGCUGGGUACCAUCUCAGCAGCCCGGGAGCCAAUCAGCUCCUAGGAGGGACUGUGAGUGAUACCUGUAAGCCCCGCCCCCUCUAAGCACUGAGCCGGCCGGGGCGAUCAAUAACCUGUGACUUCUCUACCGUAAAACACCCCGAGCCCGGAGAAUGAUGGGGAGGGUCCCAUUCAUAUCAGGAUAACCCCCACGUGUGAGGUUCCACUGUUUUCCAAACUGUGAAAAUGAACAUGAACAAAGGUCGGCGAUGAGCGCCACAGACAACACUGCAUACAGCACGUUGAGGUCAAGGGCCACUCCCUCUCUCUGGCCCAGCACCCUCAGUGUAAAAGGGAUGCUUUUAACCCACCAGAAGAAAAAAAAACAGAAAGAAUAAUGUCUGUAUCGGUUGCUGUGUUUUCAGUUUUUUUUUUUUUUUUUUUUUUUUUUUUGUGGCGGGAUGGGUUGUCAUAGGAAUGAGAAAUGUAGAUUAACAAGCAAAAAAGAAAAAAGAAAAAAAAAAUGAUCGACUGACAGUUACCUAACUGCAAUCUGUAGUUGCUUACAAUGGGGAGGAAGCCACAGAAUCUCAAUCUCGCCCCACGAUGAAUGACACAUCACUUUUAAGUUAUCAACUUGCUGUAUGUACAUUAAUGUGUAAUAAUGAUAAUAAUACAUGACCAUGAUGUAAUAUGAGAGCUGCCAAAAAAAGAGAAGGAGAGGAAAAGCAUUAUCUGAAAUCUAGACUCACUUUCCUCUUUGUAUAUUUGGUAAUCGUAUUGUCAUAUAUGUAUAUAUUGUGUUGGUUAGGGCAGCAAGGCAUGCAAGGUGGGCUUGGGGGAAAGGAAGAAAGGUUACCCUUUCUCACACACACCCACACACACACACACACACACACACUACACAAGGACUUUUGUUAAUUAUUUAAGAGAAACUAAUCAAUGUAAGAUUCUUUUAUUUGUUUUAUUUUGUGUUGGCACUUCACAUCUAUUUAUUAGUGUUCUGAUUUCUGCUUCUCUACCUUGUUCUCCGGGGCUGUCUUCUCAAGGAUGGGGCCGUGCAUCAAUGUUUGUAUUUAAAAUGAUAUUGAAAACCGUGUAACGAUUGAUUUCAACAGCCACACUACUAUAAGCAAUAUCAUGACUUUGUAGCUUUGAAAAUGUGCCCUGGGCGAUUGCCAAAAAUCCUGUGGAAAGAUGGAUCACACAAGAGGAUGGGAAAAGCUGAUGUUUUGACAUCUGGGUAACACACACGCACACACACGCACACACACACACACGCACACACACACACAUGCACAUGCGUAUAGAACAGUUUGUCAUCCAAAAAAAAAAACAAGAAAAAGAAAAGAAAAUAUUUUUGGAUAUACUACAGUAUGAAAUCUAAUGCUAUUGUAUCCAUGUUUUAUUGCAGAAAUGUAAAAUAUGACAUAAGUUAAAAAAAGAGGAAAGAAAAGAAAUAAAUUAUGCAAAGAACACGUGAGAACUUGCCUUUUCAUUGGCCAUACACACGCAUAUGAUUUGAACUUGCCUUUUCAUUGGCCAUAAGCUUGCAUAUGAUUUGAACUUGCCUUUUCAUUGGCAAUAAGCUUGCAUAUGAUUUGAACUUGCCUUUUCAUUGGCUAUAAGCGUGCAUAUGAUUUGAACCGAGCUGCAGAGUUGCAUGCCAGACAAGUGAUUUUGUCAGUACUGUAUAUUUGAUUUAUACGUUUUUUAAAUUAUAUUUUUAUUAAUUUGUUUGUUUUGUUUCUAUUCUGAGACGGACAACAUCAUACGAGUCCCAUCCUAAUGUUUUGUUUUUAUGUGCUGCUUCUCUUCCUCAUUUGUUGAGAGCACUGUGUCAAUUCUCUGAUUACUUUGAUUGCCUCCCGUUGAGUUCUAAAUAGAGUUCUGAUGAGGAAGAUCCACGCUGUUGCAUAAUGGUGCACCUUGAAACAGGCAGUAAUCCUUGGAAGGUGUCUAUACAAAUUGUUGAACCGCUGAUUCAUGCCAAUAUCUAAAGAUCAAUAACUGUAAAUUAAAAUGGUUUCCUUUUUGUCGUAUUUAUAAUAAAACAAACAAAAACAAAA